AUGGUUCAGUUCCGGUAGGCUUAAGAACCAUUUAUGUGUUUCAUUACUCAAUUUCCUAUCUGUAAUGACAAUCAAACGUUGCGAUCUCAACGACACAUAAACUGGUUUACUUAAGUAACCUCACCAUCUUCCUGGUCCUUAGCUUAUGCCCACAUCAUAGGACCAUUCGAACAGCUUGUCACGUCACUCUCUAGACAAUGCAUAACACAAAAGUCAAGUUAACUAAUCGUUACAAUUGCGGGGUGAAUGAAUUUUUAAAUUAAAAGUAAGAGAACCUGUGAUGAUGAAACAAGUGCGGUUUUAAGCAAACGGAAAGUACCUAAAAUAGUUUCGUUUUUAUGAUGAGCAUCCCUGUUAGCCUGUGUGUAAUCGUUAUUGUGUUUUGUAAAUGCAUGUCGAUUGUAUAAAUUUAUAUAUCGAUAUAUAAGUUCGUAUUCGUUACUCCGGUAAAUACUUAUUCUACUUAGUCAGUUCAUAGUGCACAGCUUUACACAACUAUAAUCCUUUUUGUAACCAAUAAAGAAUAGAAUAAAAACAUAAAAAUUUUCUUCUGUAGAUUCGUUGUGCUCAGAACAAUUGCAAAACUAAGAACGACUGCAAAUGUCACCAUGGUUAUAAAGGCCAACGAUGACACAACACGUGAGUUAAUAGCCGAUUGCGACGUAACUAUCCAUUUACCUUUAUUUAUCAGCUAGUGAUAAACAACGAAACAAGUGUUCAGGCUUUCAAUCGUUUGGGUUAGGAAAGGCUGAAAAUAGAGAUUUCUAAACAUGUAACUCCUUUAAUUAAAAAAGAUCCUGGACAAUAUUCAGCUCUGACGGAUCCACACCCAUCCGUGGAACAAGUUUCGGGGAAGGGUCAGUUGAACCCUCCGUGGGUUCUUGCUAUUUUAAAAUAUUUGUAAAGACGAAAUCUCAAACAAUUAGACUGCAGUGAGGUCUUUAAGAUGAUAUAAAUGUUAUGGUCCUCGGUGUUGUUGGGAACAAGUGAAAAGGGUCACCAUAUUGGAUCUUGCAGAAAACUCAGAUUUCUGCAAAUAGUUUUCAUGCCUGAGAUUUUUUGUCAGUGUUCCACAUCCUCUACAAAAAUUAAAGUACAUGCACUUCCGUCUAAAACUGGCUAGACCUGACGUCACUUAUGACGUCAUAUCUCCUAGCAAUAACAACCAAUUGUCGGCACAGUUUUCAGUAUAAUGAAAACUGACGCAACGAUUUUGUUACAGAGGCUAUGGGUCAGCCAUGUCAAGCGGCUCUCGCUGUUUUAGGUCUGUGCUAAACUCAUCACUAAAAUAGUGCCAUCACCCAAGCACAAAAUGAUCCGUUAAAGAAGAUAUCAAACAAGUUUCAUCAGGGAGCACUAAACAAUAAUAAUUAAUAAUAAUGGUGAUUUUUGCGGGCACUGAGCACUGAUUAAAACUUGAAAAAAAUGGGCCCAAUAUUUUUCAAGUUUCAAGACACGUCCAUCCAUGCCAUCCUUAAUAACUGACUACAGGGAAUAGUUUCAAUGCCUAACUUAGUCUUAGAUAUUGAUGCGAAGACACAUUCAGUUAGCUUUAUACAAAGAUAGCAACUAAUAUGACAUAGCUUUUUAAGGUUUGCGUUUAAAGGGUAUUGUCUCCCGUCAUUUCUUUUUCUUUGCUCCAAUGUAGACGGUAACCUCGUGACACGUUUCACUGUUUAGUCGUCUUUAAAUUUAGUUUUGGAAAGAUUAAAUAAUAUUCAAUAGAUUCUUUUUCUCCUUUUGUGUCCAGAGAAACUUGGUUAUUUCUCUUCAAGUCCUGGUCAUUCCUGUAAGCACAUCCGGGACUCUGGUGAUUCAACAGGGGACGGAGAGUACUGGAUCGACCCUGAGAAAAAUGGCAGGCCUUUAAAAGUCCUUUGUCAUAUGACAACUGAUGGAGGUAAANUGCUAUUUUAAAAUAUUUGUAAAGACGAAAUCUCAAACAAUUAGACUGCAGUGAGGUCUUUAAGAUGAUAUAAAUGUUAUGGUCCUCGGUGUUGUUGGGAACAAGUGAAAAGGGUCACCAUAUUGGAUCUUGCAGAAAACUCAGAUUUCUGCAAAUAGUUUUCAUGCCUGAGAUUUUUUGUCAGUGUUCCACAUCCUCUACAAAAAUUAAAGUACAUGCACUUCCGUCUAAAACUGGCUAGACCUGACGUCACUUAUGACGUCAUAUCUCCUAGCAAUAACAACCAAUUGUCGGCACAGUUUUCAGUAUAAUGAAAACUGACGCAACGAUUUUGUUACAGAGGCUAUGGGUCAGCCAUGUCAAGCGGCUCUCGCUGUUUUAGGUCUGUGCUAAACUCAUCACUAAAAUAGUGCCAUCACCCAAGCACAAAAUGAUCCGUUAAAGAAGAUAUCAAACAAGUUUCAUCAGGGAGCACUAAACAAUAAUAAUUAAUAAUAAUGGUGAUUUUUGCGGGCACUGAGCACUGAUUAAAACUUGAAAAAAAUGGGCCCAAUAUUUUUCAAGUUUCAAGACACGUCCAUCCAUGCCAUCCUUAAUAACUGACUACAGGGAAUAGUUUCAAUGCCUAACUUGAGAGAUCUUGUUACCUGUUUCGUACGGCGACCUAAUCACCACCAACCUACGCUAAGCUGUAGACUCCGACCUGCGGACUGUCCCUAGGCCUUGUAGUUUUAGUUAAAUAGUUUGUAUUUAGAAUUUUCUAAUUUUGUGGUGGAAUAUUCGUUCGCACUCAGCUUUCCUGGAUAUAUGUUUAGGGAAUUUCAAUUUGAUUUCAAGCUAGUGAAACAUCACAUUUUGACAAUUUAUUAGGCAAACAGUUAAUAUCCAUUAUUCGGUCUUCCUUUCUCUUCAGUAAUUCCAUGCGUUGCCAUGUGGAGUUCUCGGUUUCUUAAACUCCAAAAAUCUGCUCGCAGUAAAAUUACACUUACGGCUUUUUAAAAUACUAUUUAAUACAAUGGGAGGACUUUGUGAAAUAAUCCAUGGCUUCGUUGAAAUUGCCUUUUAAAGUUCUAGGUUCAUUACGUUGAUGACUUCAAAUAUCCAGCUUUAACUCAGCUCAUAAGUAAUAAAACAGCAAGGAUGCUUGCACCUGGAAAUAAAAAAAAUUAUGUUGAAUUCAGGAGGCUGGCUUAAUGUUGCCACCUUAAAGAAAGCCGACUCUUCCCCUACUUGGACCGCUGAAAUUUCAUACCGCGGGAUCAGCAACUAUCAGAAUAACUUAAUGGCCAUUAGUACAAGUUCCAUGCGUCAACUCAGGUCGCACCUGAACUUCACUCAACUGAGAUUCCACUGCAGUAAAGAAAAUGGGUGCAUCUUUCACGUCAUCACGGUCAUUAACAGCACUGGGGAAGCUGUAGUCCAGUAUUUCAGCGGUCAGUCAAGUGUUCUGCAAGCCUCGUGUGGCUCGUUCAUUACAAUGAAGGACGACAACUCGUAUUUAGCUCAACAGUGUCACCGAUGGGGAAACGAUGGAUCACGACAUUAUGUUGGAAAAUGGGGUCACUUCAACAAAAACGGAGAACAACGAAUGUACGACCAUUCGGCGUUUGUUGCCCACCGAUAUCACUGGGUUGUUUAUAACAACGUAUGGCUCUGUGAUGAGUCAAGAGGCAAUGUCUUUGCAACUUCAACAGAAGAUUUCUGGAAAAUCUAUGUUCGCUGA